AUGACAACAAAAAUCCCUAAUACAAGCUCUAGUCAAGAGAAAUUCCAUUUGCGAGCAAAAGACAAUGUACCAUCAAAUACUACAUUGUUGUUAGCAAAAGUGAUAUUUCGAAAUGGUAAACAACCACCUAUAGAUAAUACUACAUUUUUUGAAUUUCUUAAACGAAGAGGUAAAUUCGAGUUGGAGCCGUACAAUGUUAACGAUUUAGCACAGGAAGGAAAAGAAGAUAUGUAUACUUUUGGUAUCAAACUGAGAAGAUGGUAUCAAAAACAAAUAUUUGGCACAAACAACCAAGAAACCAACAAAAAUCAAGUACACAUUGAAUCCACAAAACACAAAGCUUGUGAAGAAAGUGCUAAAUUGGUUGCAGAUGGAAUUUUUAAACAUGAUUUCAAGAAAAGCAUAGAUGGAAAGCAUUCAUCAUCAAGUUCAAUGACAACUAUAAAUGACACUCUUUUAAGUUACUUCUACAGUAAUGAUAAUGAAUGCAGAAUGCCCUGGUCGUUGCAGCAAAAUAUAGGGAAUAAUUUUUCAUCCUUUCGCCCUUAUUAUGGUACCAGAAAUAAAAUAGCCGAAAAUUUGAAAGUGUCACGUGGAGGAAUUCAACCACAACAUAUGUGGAAAAUAAAUGAUUAUUAUAAAAGCAUGCGUUUUUCUGGUCAAGAAUUGCCAGAAUGGCUAACAGAAGAUAUGUUAUUAGACAUGGAUGACAGUGACAGAUUAUUCAUGAAGAUUUUAUUUUCCGGUAGUUACAUCACACAGAUUUCAGGAGGUGUAUACGCUAAUAUGGUAUUGGAUAAGUUCCAGCAAAAAUCUACUGAAAGGAACAAUAAUGAACCAAGGUUAGAAUUAUUGUGUGCUUCAGAAAUUAUAGUCGCUGCCUCAAUUUCAGCAUUAACAUCAGCCAAAACAACAGCAAGUACUAAAUGUGGAGAAGAUUUUGCAGUAGUCCCUAAACCUGGUGAUGCCUUAAUAUUAGAACUGCAUAAAAACCAUGACGGGUCGAAACAUUAUGUCAAGGUUUUGUUUUGGAAUUUUGGAUCAGAUGCUCCUCAAGAAUUAAAAUACAAAUAUUGUAAUGAGGGUUGCCCCUUGGAUCAAUUUCAACAACUCCUUGGAGGGAUAAUCAUUAAAAAUAGGGAACUAGAAAAUUGUGGAGUACCCUUGAAUAACAAAUAA